UCCAGUCAUCGAAAUAAUAUUCUCUAAUUUAUAAAAUUAUCAAAUCAUAAAAAUAUUCACUGAAAUGCGUCGGAAGUAAACAUGUCCAUAAGAAAAUACUACUUUCGGUCCAUUGUCAAAAUUUGAAACGUAGGGGACCAAUCUGCUCAUACUAAAAACAUGGGGGACUAAUCUAGAUAUUUUCUCGCAGACAGGUACCUGUACGUUUCAGCUCACGUCUCAAACUUUGGUAGCUCCGUUCUCGUUCGUCUAACGUCGAAAUUCGUUUUCGUCAAAACGGUGACGAUCCUGGGAUCGUCCUCUUCACGAUGGUACCAAGGUUUUAAAGUUUGGUCGAGGUCGACCACGCCGGAGCCGCUGUCGAAGUUACGACCAUUAUAUACGUGGGUUUGAGUUAGUUUUGAUCGAAAUCAAAUUCGGAGAUCGAUUGGGAUGAGUACUCACCUUCAAAGCAAGCCUAGGGUAGAUACAGGCUGUUGAACCUCAGUUUAUCGCUUAGAUCAUCCUUUGAUAGCCUCGUACUUUUGUCGUCGAAGCUACUGGUAUCGGGAGAGUGCGUGCGUGACAGGCGAUGAGGUAGCUGCUAGUUACAUGGUCAUUACUCGACAAUGACGAUAAUGGCGACGUCGAGAAGCUUUUGGCGAUUGUGUUGCUUUGGUGAAAUGAAAAUGGAAGGAGUGGAUGGACACGUUGAUGAUGAUGGAAUGAUGACAGGGUAAGGGUCUAAUGUGCUAGUAUUCAGAGAGGUGUGAGAGAUGAGAUGCAGAUGGAUGGCUUUCUCACACUCUUUUCCCUAAGUUUAAUUUAAGGACCGAGAGAGAGAGGCUAGUUGCUAUGGGUUGUCUAGCAGUAGCUAGCUGUCUCUAAUUAAUAGAGUUUCACGAGCUGAUGGGAUAAGGGAAAUGGGGUGUAAAGGACUUGUUGGGUGGUUAGUAGACAGAUGGGUAUAAAUGAGAUCAAUACAAUUAUGCUAGGAAGGCUAAUUUGUGAAAGGCUACUUUAAGUGUGAAUUGGGGUGGCUGUAACGAGUGGAUGAGGUUAAUUCUCCCCCUUUGUUUUCUGUACUCGUUUAAUUGUCGGUGAUCAUCAAGAUUAUAUAGAUGUUUUGGGUUAUAUCUGUUCACUCUAAAAUGUUCUCCCUGUCGAUACGAUCGCGUGGCCGCAAACGGCUCGUUAUUUCAACGUCAAACAAAUAAGAUACGUUCGUUUUAGCUUUAGGUACGCAAACGUUACUCUAACGAUAGGUUCCACUAUGGACUAACUUAUCUUACUCGUUUGGACUCGGAAUUAAGGUCUGUAAAAUUCUUCUACGUGAUCGUAGAAGAAUUUCUUAACUUAGAGUGUCGAGCUUAGAUACUGAUUAUUGAUAAAUUGACCCAUAAUAUUCUUACUUAAAAUGUCAUCAAUCAAUAGUUUCAAUCGCAACUUACUUGCGUAUGAAUGGAAUUCUUGUUUCCUCGUAAUUUUUAAUUUGUUUAAAAUUUCCCGAAGUUUUGGGUGUUACAGUUCGUUCAUGCGCCGACACUUGUCCAUGUUGCUGGGGCGGAACGCGUGCUUCGCUAUUUGAAGCAUGCCCCUGGUCAGGGUAUUUUCAUUCCCCGGGAUGGGGAUUUGCAGUUACGUGCCUUUUGUGAUGCGGAUUGGAGUGGUUGUCACCUCACUCGUCGCUCUACAACGGGCUAUUUUAUCACUCUGGGAGGUGCUCCGAUCUCUUAGCGCACUAAGAAGCAGAGCGUUGUGGCGCGUUCCUCUGCUGAAGCUGAAUAUCGGGCUAUGGCCACUACUUUCAGCGAUGUCAUUUGGUUGCGCGCCCUACUACAUGACUUGGGGGUUGAUACUUCAUCCUCCACAUCUCUUUAUUGUGAUAACCAGGCGGCCCUUCACAUCGCCGCCAACCCUGUCUUCCAUGAGCGUACCAAACAUGUGGAGAUGGAUUGUUAUUUUGUCCGUGAAUGGGUCUCUUCGGGUGAGAUCCUUCCGCAGAAGAUUUCUACACGUGACCAGAUUGCUGAUAUGUUUACUAAGGGUCUGGGUAGUGAUCGUUUUCAUUUUCUUCUUUCCAAGCUGGGGGUUCGUGACCUUCACGCUCCAGCUUGAGGGGGAGUAUAGCGGAUAUAAGGGGUUUUUUGGUCUUUUCCCUUUUACCUAGCCCUAACUCGGUUUUACUUGUUGCUGCCGAGUAUAAGUGUUAUGUAAGCAGCCUACCAAAAACCCUAAUGAAAAGCUGAGAUAGCAAAACUUCUCCGUGGAGUAAGCUCAUUCACAACGAAUGAGAAGAACCACGUAAAUUUGUGUUGCGUUGUGCUUGUUUACUCUUAUUGCGUUAUACGUUUUCUUCACUGUGUACAUCAUCAUAAACUUUUAUAUACAAGUUUGCAUCCCAUUUUGCAACAAUAGUUGAAAAGUAUAUCUGCGUUUUGGAUCAAAGUUCAUGAUAACCUUAUGUGAUGAUGCAGUAUGAAAAAUGGCAACAAGUUAUACAUAAUUAUUUGCUAGGUGAUUUGAUAAGAGGUACCAAUCAAAACCAUUGUAACGCAAUUCAAAUCGAUAUGCGUCGUACCAGCCUAAAAAAAUCUCUAUGAUUCUCUUCUUCGACAUCAAUGGCUCGAUCCAAAACCCCACCUGGAGAUGCACUGACUCCCACAAGAGCUCAUAUAUUUGUUCAUCCCAAAAUCAGAAAGCCAAAACUUUAGAGUAAAUAGCACCUGUGUCCUAUGAUGAAAUGCAUGAUUAUACCCAUCUCAUAUUCCAGUUUCUUUAAAUCCUCUCAUGGAAUGGAAAAUAAACCACAAGUUGCAAUUAGUUUAGUCUUUUUCAAGAAGAUAGUUGACACCCAUUUAGAAAGACUAGAAAAGAGCGAACCUUACCUUUGGGCAUCCAUGUCUCUUUAAUCGAGUCCCUUCGCUUUCUGCUUCUAAAUGCUGUCAUUAUACCUAUAACAAAGAAAACUUUUUCGAUCCUUUAAAUAUUUCACAAAGGAUUUUGACAUUACAAGAGAUUCUUCUUUACUACCAGCUUUGGCAGCUCCCACAAGCCAGCUGCAACUCUAGCCAUGAGAUCAAAUGUAGUCAGAAGUGGUGUAGCUAGACUUUAAGUUCACCGGGGUUUUUAAAACUUCAAUAACACUAUAAUUUUUAUAUAUAAUGAACUUUUAUAUGCUAGAGCUCUACUUUCCCCUAAAACUUCGUCUUCUACCUUCUUUCCCUUCUCUUCGCCAGAUUUACUCACUUCGAUCCUUACAAGUGGUAUUCAGAGCCUGUAAUAUGGCAAUGGCUACCAACACCACACGAAUCCUUGUUUUGGAAACUCAAAUGGAGGCCAUCAAGCAGCAGAUGGACUCACAGCACCGGGAUCUGAAGGCCGCCAUUGAUGCUCUUGCGGCUUCGACGAAGGCCCCCAUCAUGCUCUUUCUGCUUCGUUGGAGCAACGGUGGGCCGAUUCUAUGGUUCGUUCUCCAUGCACGCGACGCCCAAACAGUUCGCCGAACAACAGUAGCAGUUUCGUCCGCCACCACGUCGGUCGUCAAUUAUGUAUUCUCAUGUACGAGUUCAUCUUCCCCCUUCUCCAGCAAUCUGACUCGGCCACCGAUUACCAGGUUACUUCUCCAACCCUCGAUUGGGUUUCUUCCCUGUCUACCCCAAGACUGAGAACCCUAAUUCCUUAUGUUGUUUCUUCUCCGGGAGUUCAAGCCCCAAUUUUCUCUUCUCAAGAACCACCACCUAUUGCCUUGCCUUCUUCUACCUCGCUGUCUUCUGCUGCCCUAUCUACAAUUUCUUCUCCUGGGGUAGUAUCAGCGUAGUAUUAGGAGGAGGUGGCGGUGAAGGAGCAGGAGGAGGGAUUGGAUAUAGGUGAGUUAUUUUGGUUGGAGAGUUGCAUCGGUAGGGAGGCGGACUUGUGGAUUUAGAUGCCACAGAUUCUCCUUCUGCCGCUAGUGGUAGUAGCAGCAUAGUCACACCUUUUGUUAAGAAACCAGAACAGCCUAAGCCUUAUCUGGGAAGUUACUGAAUCCAUAUUGACAAGAUUUGAGCCUAAUAAGGAGUCAAAAAGAGUUAUGGUAAUUAGGAGGAUGAAGGAGGAGUUCAAGAUUCAACAGAAAGAAGAGCUGGCCAGAAUGAGAGAGGAAAUGGAAAUGAUGGAGAAAGCAAUAGAAGUUCAACAAAAAGAAGACGAAGAUAUAGAAGGGAAAGCCCCUUACUUUUAUCCAGUACGCUUUCAUUUUUGGUGAUCCUUCUCCUACUGAGUUUGCUUUUGGGUUCUUUCGUUGCCCUAUCGAGUCCAGCAAUGCCAAUUGGGGUUACGGGUUUCGCAUUUUCGCAGGCCCUCAUAAGGAUUAUGCUUAUUGAACAAUCGCUUGUAUGUUUCAACCUUGGGAUGUCACUGUGAACUCGCUGAAGGUCUUACAUUCUGAUGUUGUAAUCUAUGUUACUCUUGGGUUUAUCCUAAGUGGAGAAGCCUUGUUCUUAGCUUGAAAGGCUCCUUCACACCUUGGCUUCACAAAGGAUUGACGUGAAAGCAGCUUCUAGGUUUGAUUCAGAGCUUGGCGGCACAAUCUGGACAGGCUGGUGGCAGCUUCUAGGUUUGAUUCAGAGCUUGUCCUUGUUGGUAAAUUGGAGAAGUCUGUUCUAGCUCCUUGAGACAAAAACAUCUCAGCAGGUCAAGCUUACUACAACAGCCUAUGAUGAGUUCUUAGUUCUUGCCAAUGAGUAGUUAGAAGAGUGAAGUACUGGUGGAUCAUUCAAUUUUGAGAAGGGUAGGGGCUGGGUUUAAGGAGGACGUUUCCAGUUUUCCAGUUUAGUUUCAGCUUGAGGACAAGCUGUAUUUGAAGGGGGAGGGGUUUGUAACAACCCAAGACAGAUGGCAAGUCUCGCGUGUAAAGGGAGGGUCUUGUAUAAAUAGGAAGAGUUCUCUGUAAUUGGUUAUCUCUGGGGAAAAACAGAUUACCUGUAACAACUUUACUCUUUUAGUUAGAUAUCAAUAAAGCUAGAGCUCUACUUUCCCCUAAACUCCGUCUUCUACCUUAUUUCCUUUCUCUUUGCCAGAUUUACUCACUUCAAUCCUUACAUUGGUAUUAUGACGGGGGAUGAGUAGUGUGUUACACCGAAGAUUGAUGACCUGAACUCCAAGUCCUCGCCCUUCGUCAAUGGGGAGGUUAGUUCUCGUGGGCUGCAAUAAAAAUUCAGCCCUUCCCAAAAUACCCCUUUGAAAAUCACUCUAGAGAUAGGAAAUUUUGAAUGGAGGUGACAAUUCUAAUUUCCAGCUAUUAAUUAUAGUGUAGAUUGGAAUAUUGUACCUGCAUGCUAUUUGUAAGAAGUGCCAUCAGCUUGGCCACAACUAUAAUGCACUAAAACAAGCACAAAUUUAAAAAGUCAGUGAAUAGGCCUCAAAGAUGUUGAUGAGUGUCUAGUGACCCAGAAUCCAGAUGUGGAAGUGGUUGCAGAAGAGGCUGAGCCUCAAUCAUCCAACCCUAAGACUAAUAAUUUUAUCAUAGUUGA